CGUCAUACUAUAUGAAUAGUUGGCACCGUACGACCUCUGCGGAACCUAUUUCUUGUUGAAUUGCAAAUUUGCAAUCCUUGUCCAAAAGGGUAUUUGAUUUUGGUUUCAAGUUUUCAUCUUUCAACUUCACAAAAAUGUCUCUUCCCUAUCCCUCUUACCUCGUUUCUGCUACUUCUUACGCUCAUUUCCCACCUUUAACCCUCAACAACAACAACAACAACAACAACUCCAUCACAAUCCAACCUCCCUUUCUCGGAUUCAAGGGUACAUCAUGUUUUGCUGAGAAACACUGUUGCUAUUUAAGUGUUAAACCAUUUUGUGCAUCUCAGAAGACAAGGCCCAAUAUCUUCUGUUCCAUGAAUAUGUCUGCACAGCAAUCAGAUGAUAAUGGGAAAAUUAAACUUGACAAAUAUAUAGACAAAGCAAGAAAGCUUUGGGACAGUUCUCCUCAGCCAGUGAAGAAUUUCCCGUGGCAACAAGCAUUGGACAACUUCAUUCAACUUACUCUUGAUCUUAUUUUGGCUGUUGUCAAAUACCUAUAUGUACCUGUAUUUGCAGUUACCUCCAUCAGUGAGUUAUCCUACUGUGCGCGUGAGAAGAAGCUAGUUCUUGUUCCUCUUCCGGUCCUCUUUGGAUUUGCCGUUGCUGGGAUCCUUAAAGAGACUGCCUUGGAGUUAUCUCCACGUUUAAAGGAUGCAGAAGUUCCAUGGCAUUUAAUUGCCCUUGCAAUUUUCUUCACAUUGAUCAAAUUGCCGGGUCCAUAUUACCCUUAUUGGGGACGUAUAAUAAUUCCUCACUUUACAAAUGGGGUUCUGUUGAGGACUCUAUGGUUUGCAAUAUUGUGGUAUAGAAGACCUAAGCCAUUGAAGGUGUCAGAUUCUAUAGAUGAUAGUUAGUCAACCCACUGAGCUAUGAUGCCAGCCUGCAAAGUCAAUUUCUAUAGGGACUUUUGUUUUUACUAGUGAAGACCUGAGUGAAGAAUUAAGCAAUCCAUUGAGAUUUGAAUCAAAACUAAACUCAACUUUGUUGGGAAAAGUUGUGGAGUGCUAUGCUUGGUUACUAAGGUGUUGUCUUAGGGCAGGUGAAUAGGUGGUUAGGUAUUACAAGCAUUUAGACAACUGUAUGGAGAAAUAGAUUUCAAUGGUGACCCAUCUUUUUGUGCAAGAAAUUUUUUUUUCGUGUUUUAUCAUUUUUCUCAAGCCCAUUGUGGAGAAAGGGCGAGUGUAAUUUUUUUCUUUUCAAUGUGACAUGUUCACAUUGGAGCAUGUACACAAUUUUGGACCUAUGUGAAUACUUAGGGAAUCAUGUUUAAACUUCCCCUUAGUAAGAUCAU